AUGGGGCUUAAUUCUCAAAUGCUGAAGUGCCUGCUCUUCAAGCUUCUGCUUGAGAUCAUAUAUGAAGAUCUUUCAGCCAGCAAUCUUUCAGAUGAUAUUUCAGCAUUAAACAAACCCCUUGGUAACCUUGGGCAAUCAACUCUUCAGCCAUCAGAAGAGGGCAAAGAAACGCAGCCCCCUUUUGAAAAAACCUGUCCAUCUGUCUUGAUCUUCUUCUCCCCUUCAAUGUCCCGUUUUGCUGCUGGAUCCGUAAGAAAGAGGUCUUCUCCUCCGAGUCCCGCCUUGGAGGCCACCCUCAGCAGCCACCCUUCUCAUGCAGACCGUUCUGCUUCUUCAGGAGCUGAGAGCCACCCAAGGUUGGUAGGCCGGGAAGAGGACCUGCUCUGCAGGCUGGACACCAACGGAGGAAGAAGGAAUGUAAUUACUGAAAUCCAUGGGACCAUAAUGACUAUUGGCAUUAACAGGCCAGAAGCCAGGAAUGCUGUGAACCAGGAGACUGCAGAAUUGCUGGUACAGGCUUUCCAGUCAUUUGAAGAGGAUAGUUCCCUGAAUGUGGCAGUGCUUCAUGGACUGGGAGGAAAUUUCUGUGCUGGUUAUGAUUUGAAGGAGCUGGCCCACAACCCAAGCUCAAUCAAAUUGGAACAAGAUGUCACCAAAGAUCCUGCUCUCAUGGGUCCUUCCAGGAUGACAUUCUCUAAGCCAGUGAUUGCUGCAGUGAGUGGAUAUGCUGUAGCUGGUGGACUGGAGCUAUCUCUCUUGGCUGACCUACGUGUUGUGGAAGAAAGUGCUAUUUUUGGAGUUUUCUGCAGGCGGUUCGGUGUUCCACUGAUAGAUGGUGGUACUGUGAGAUUACCAAAGCUAAUUGGUCUGUCACGAGCAAUGGAUCUCAUUCUCACUGGGCGGCCUGUUAGUGCACAAGAAGCAUACCAGUUUGGACUGGCCAAUCGAAUUGUUCCCAGUGGCCAAGCCCUUCAACAUGCCAUUGAACUGGCAGAACAAAUUUCAGCGUUUCCGCAGCAGUGUAUGCGUGCGGACAGAAAUUCUGCUUACUACAAUGAAUUUGAUGCUUCCUCAUUCACAGAAGCCAUGCAACAUGAGUUUGACACAGGAGCGAAGGUGAUAUUAAAGGAAUCAGUCCCUGGUGCUAAGAAAUUUAGCUUAGGACAGGGGCGUAGUGGAGCAAAGCUGUAAGGAGUUGAAUUUCAUAUUUGCUUGAAAAUAUUGUUGGGUUUUUCUUUUAAAACCUUUGUUGCAAUUACAAAGUAAUGGAGUCAGAGCUUGGAAACAUUCCUCUUUUUUUUAAUUAUUAAAGCUCCCAGAAUCCCCCAGCCAGCAUAAUUAUCAGCUUUGCUGGUUGGAUAUUUUGGACUCUGUAGUCAAACAAAGUUAUUUCCCCAGGUUAAGCAUGCAGUAUACAUAUGUCUCUAACUGAAAUGCACUUUUCAUAGUCUUUCAGUGGUGGCAGAUUCAGACUUGUGCCACUGCUAAUAAGGUUUGUUGUUUUAAAAUGUGACUUAAUCAUCAGUUAUUUGUAUAUUUAAGGCCUUAAAAUUGUUGCAUAAUAUUUUAAAGUACAUGACAAUUUGUGUUAAUUGCUACCUUUGACUCUAUACUACCAAAUCAUGAGCUGUCUGGCAGACCAGGCUAAAUAUGUCCCCAAACUACAAAUCCCAGGAUUCCACAGGAUAGAGCCAUGACAGAUAAAGUCAUGUCAAACUGCUUUAUUUCUGCAGUGUGGAAGGGCUGUAGGUCUUCUCUGGAUUUUUCUGCUUUUGUCAUUUACUCAUUUACACUCAAAACAUUUCUUCUUCUACUCAUUGAAAAAUUUACUUUGUGGGCAGGGCAGGGUGCCAGUAUCACUGACAUGACAACUAACAUGUAACUGAAACCUUAAGAAUGCUAACAAGGAGAUGAAUUCCAGAAAGGGCAGUUCACAAAGUAGUUAGUCCAAACUUCUGUGUAUGCAUCGUUCUGAUAUGGUCACACACAUACACAGUUCUUCUCCAGUCUCAAUUACAUCUUUGUUACUUAGUGUAACAUAUAAUGAAAAAGCAUGUUCAUGUAGGGAUUCCAUAUGUGCACUCUAAGUCAACAUGAGCCUUUGGAUGGGGACUGGAUGUGGUUUUUAAGAUUGGAAUCUGUGUUCUUGAGUAGGAGGGAAUAACAAAAUUUUAAUGUGAAGUCAAAGGCUUUUCACGUCUGGCAUCCAUAGUUUUCUGUGGGUUGUCCAGGCUCUGUGGCUGCAAUCUGGAAGAAAUUAUUCCUGACAUUUUUUCUGCAUCUGUGGCUGGCAUCUUCAGAGGGUGGUGGCAUGUUUCCUCACAGACAAUGGAUUGCUAAUUAAAUAGACACAUAUAUCCUCCCACCCUGAGGUCUUGCCAUUCAACAACAGACCAACACAGAGAUGUAAAUCAGUUCCUCCCAUCCAAGGGUCACACAAAUAUAUAUAACCCAUGCCACCACCCUCUGAAGAUGCCAGAGACAGUUACAGGCAAAAUGUUAGGAAUAAAUUCUUCCAGAACACGGCCACAUAGCGUGGAAAACCCACAGAAAAAUAUCAAAAUUUUAAUUGUUUAUUCAGAUUAAUGAUGGAGAACAUGUGGCCUUCAGAUGUUGUUAGACUCUAGCUCCCAUCAGAUUCAGUCCACAUGGCCAGUGGUUGGAGAUAAGAGAAGCUGUGGUCCAGGUUAUCCAGGUGAGAUGACGGUUCCUCAGCUCUGGCCUUGAUAUCUGCCACACUGUACAAUUACUAUAUAAUACAUUGAUACCACUUUAACUGCCAUGUCUCCAUCCUAUAGAAUCCUGGGAUUUGUAAUUUUGUGAAGUACACACAACCCUCCACAUUUGCGGAUUUGACUUUUGCAAAUUUGCUUAUUCAUGGAUUUGAGUUGUCGAGGUCCUCCAACACAACUCUGCUCCAAGUUGACUAUAAAGUUGCCAUACAAGAUGUAGAGAUUCCUAGAGAAAGAAGUUCUCCAGCCAUUUAUAGAUCUUCCAUCAUGAUUCUGUGGUCAGAUUCCAGUGGAUGCUGACCACAGAAUUUCCCUGGAGGACAUAGAUAGGUACAAUUUUUUAAAAUUUGCAUUUCCCCCCACUUUUAUGGGGGUCUUGCACACCUAAAGACAGUGAAUGUAGAGGACCCACUGUAUUUGGAAAUCUCUGCUAUAAAGCUCACCAAAUUCACCAGGUCAUUUAUGAAUAAUUAAAAAUUUGCAGUUCCAGUAAAAAUCCUUGGGGAACCACCAUAAAAAGAACAUAAGCAAACCUCUCUUAGGUCAUGAUACUAACUUUGCCCAGGAGUAUUUGGUGAGGGACUUUGUCAAAAGCCUUUUGGAAUUUUAAGUAAACAAUGUGUACUGAAUCACUCCCUGUACACAUAAAGAGCUGUUCAAGAUUAAUGCAAUAAGAUUUACCAUUGCAGAACUUGCUGUUAUAUAUGCUUGACAAUAUUAUUUUAAAUAAAGCUUUCCACCAGUUUUUACCAGAACAGAUGUUAAGCUAACUGGCUUGUAAUUUCUUAGGUUCCCAAAGGCCCCGCUUUAAAAUCUGGUGUUAAAGUGACCACUUUUCAGUCGUCUAGUAGAGAGGAUGAUUUUAGGCAUAUGUCAUAUAAUUUUUGGUAAAUCAUCAGCCAUUUCAUAUUUCAGUUUUAAAGAAUUCUCAGAUGAGUACCAUCAGGAUGAAAGGUUUUUUAAAAAUGUGUUAGAAGGCUCUAGAACGCCAGCUCUUGUCACAGCUGUGUCACAGCUUCUCAGCUUCUCUUCCUGAAAAUGUCAGCAUGGGUAUCUGGCCUAUAUCUUUUGCAGUGAAGGAAGAUGAAAAUAGUCAGUUUAGUUGUAUUCUACUUCUCCUCCUUUAACGAUUCAUUAAUUUUGUUGUCAUGUGAUGGUCUGGUUUCCUGUUUUUGAUAUACAGUAUCUGAAGAAUUCUUUAUUCUUGGUUUUGAUGCUAUUAAUGAUAUGCUCCUUAAAAUCAAUCUUCCUUACUUGAAUUUCCUUUGCGCAAGAUCGUGUUCUCUCUUGUGCAAGAUGUGAGUCUUCCAGUUCCUGAAGAAUACCUUCUUUUCUAGCAGCUUUCUCGACACUGCUUGAUGACUUCUUGGAGUUUGUACUAUCUUUCCUAACCAUAUAUAUAUUGAUUAACAUUAAUGAAUCAUAUAGCACCUGGAAGACUAACAAGUUUUAUUUGUGAAAAGGUUUCAGGAACUGCAGACCAUUUAUCAUGUGAUUGGACUGCUGCCCCCAUUGACACAAGCAAUCAGGCUUACAUUCUUGUUUUAACAAUUGAAUAAAAAAUUGAACUCUCAA